CAAGCGUCGUCUGCUUCAUCAGUUGUCACAUGUAGCGCGUGAGUCAUCCUUACUUUUAGUAGGUCACUUAUGUUGGCUUCUCGCUUGUCUUUCUCGUGUAUUUUUUCUCGUCGUUGAGCCUCACUUCGAAUGGAAGAAAAUCGAGAUAUUUCGCUGAGGAAGUCCACUUCCACCUGCAAUGGCACCGCCGACGAAAUAUCUGCAAUCGAUAAGGCACUUCUGCAACCAUAUCGUUAUAUCAUGCAGAUCCCAGGGAAGGAAAUCCGGAAGAAGCUGGCUGUUGGCUUCAACUACUGGCUUCACAUCCCAGAAGAAAAGCUGAAAAUAGUUGAAGAGGUUGUCCAAAUGCUUCACAAUGCCAGCCUUCUAUUAGAUGACAUUGAGGACAGCAGCUUGCUGAGGCGGGGAAUGCCAGUUGCCCAUGCUGUCUUCGGAAUUCCUCUUACCAUCAAUGCAGCGAAUUAUGCUUAUUUUCUUGCUCUGCAAAGGGCUUUACAGCUAGAUCACCCCAAGGUUUGCGAAGUGUUCACGGAGCAACUGUUGGAACUCCAUCGUGGCCAAGGAAUGGAGAUCUACUGGAGAGAUUCAUACACACCUCCAUCAGAAGAGGAGUAUCGUGCCAUGACUGUCCGCAAGACUGGAGGUCUGUUUGGGCUGGCCUUGCGGUUGAUGCAGCUCUUCAGCUUGUGCCAGGAAGAUUUCUCCCAUCUCACUGGGAUCCUUGGUCUCUACUUUCAGAUCAGAGAUGACUACUGCAAUAUGUGCUCCAAAGAGUAUGCUGAGAGCAAGAGUUUCUGUGAGGAUCUGACUGAGGGGAAGUUUAAUUUCCCCAUCAUCCAUGCUAUUCAUUCCCACCCAGAAGAUCAGCAGAUCAUUAGUAUCCUUUCUUCGAAGUUGUGCUAUCUGGACAUUUUACGCCAGAGAACAAAAGACACAAUCCUGAAGCAAUAUGUGGUGUCACUGCUGGAGCGAUUCGGUUCAUUCGUGUACACAGAGGCAACACUGGAGCGGUUGGAGGAGGAGGCCACAAGGGAGAUCCGUCGGCUCGGUGGGAACCCCUUCCUUGAUGCCGCCCUCGAGGAACUCAAGACGUGGAGAAAUUCGUGAAGUCUCCUUGUUGAUCUUUGCCCUCUCAUUUCUCAACUUGAUUUUCAAAUUUCUUAAAUAUAUUUGUGAUGAUUGUAUUAUUUAUGCUUCACUUGUGGCCAUGCUGAUUGGCAAGGUAUUUCAAUGAUUGCACACCUACCUCUUUUCUGGUAACCAAUCACUUUAUGUUUUCAUUUUCUAAUUCAACCCUAUAUUGAAUGAAUCAAUAAAAAUUUCUUGAUAUAA